AUGAUGAAUCCAAUAUAAUUGAGGCAGAUGCUCCAAUACAAUCAGGUUUAAAAUAAUCCUAGGAAUAAUGUAGACACUUCAAAUUAUGAUGGACUCGGAAGAUUGCAAUUUCCUAAUAAUGAUUUAUAUGAGGGCUAAUUUAAAAAAGGGAAGAUGGAGGGCAAAGGCAAACUAACAACAGCGAGAGGAGAUACUUAUGAAGGCUAGUUUAAAAAUGGAUUUAAACAUGGUAAGGGUACAAUGAGUUAUAGAAAUGGAGUAAGUUAUUAUGAAGGUGAUUGGUACUAUAAUAAAAUAGAGGGAAAAGGAACGCUAGUAGAUGAUUUCGGUAAUAAAUAUGAAGGAGAGUUUAAAGAUAAUCUUAAGAAUGGGCUGGGAAAAUGCUUUUAUGCAGCAAACUAAAUGAGGUUUGAAGGCUAUUGGAAUAAUGGCAUUCCUGAAAAAGGAGAAUUAUUCAUGAAAAAUGGAAAUCACUAUGAGGGUGAGUGGAGAGAUGAUAGAUUUUCUGGAGUUGGUACAAUAAGAUAUGGAAAUGGAGAUAUAUAUGAAGGUGAAUGGAAGGAACACAUGCCUCAUAGGUAUGGCAAAAUGUUGUACAGAAAUGGAAAAAUCUAUAAUGGAGAAUGGUUUAUGGGGCAAAAACAUGGGUAAGGUGUAAUGAGCUAUCCUAAUGGAGAUCAAUAUGAAGGUGAAUGGGUUCAAGACUUGAGAUCCGGAUUUGGAAUGUAGAAAUUUUAGAAAGGUGAUAUAUAUGAGGGUGAAUGGUUUAAUGAUAAAAUGCAUGGUAAGGGUCUUUUAAGUCAUCCUGAUGGGAGCAGUUACGAAGGAAUAUGGGAGAGUGGUCAUAAGAUUGAAGGUUAAGGAGUGUUUUAAUACGCCAAUGGAAAUGUAGCAAUAAGAUCAAAUUAUAACGUCAAUGAAAAGCAAGUAAAUAUUUAUAACAAUGUAAUGAACAAAAAUAACUUCUAAGGAAAAGCAAUUGAAUACAGAGGAUCUGCUAUGCCCAUGAUUUAAUAAUAGCCCUAACAAUUUUUCAGGCCAAAACCACUUCCACUCCCCAUGGCUGGACUAUAAUCUUUGAAGUCUCCUAAUAUAAGCUAAAAUAAAGAGAGUUUAAUCAAUAAUAGUGGGUUAAAUCAAUCUUAGGCCGAAUCUAAUCUCAUUAGAACUAUAAGCUAGUAAAGAGCUGGGUAUCCAAUAGUAGAAUAGAGUGUUGAUAAAGAUCAAAAUUCAAAAGAUAAUCCUUACAAGGAUAGCAGCAGAAGUAAGAGUGUGAUAAGGCAAUCGAAUAUUAUGUCAUAAAAUGGGAAUAGAAGUUUAAAUAACAGCUACGUGCAAGGGGAUAAAAAUCUCAAAGGGCUUACUAUGAUUCCAACAAGGCCAGAUUUAGAAUGA